CUAGAAAGCUAAGUGCCUUUGGUUAGUUAACUUGAGUGGAAAAAGUCAUUUUGUCAUUUUCAUCUUAACCAGAUUGUCAGGCUUCCUAUAAUGGCUGGAACAAACUUUUGUGAGGCGUCUGAGCUUUACAACAUUCUCAAUCAGUACACUCGCCUGUCCAGACUAGCAGAGUUCAACUACCUCUGUUUGAUUGGUAAGAGGCCGGUAGGGGCAGACUGUCAUAUUGGUUCAACACGAUUUAAUUGUCAUUGUUGUACUCUACAGGACUCUAAAGGUAAAUUCAUUAUGCCUGCAGGAGUGGAUGUGGAGAGUAUGAGGUACAGUACAGGUCAAAAGUUUGGACACACCUACUCAUGUUAUUCCCGCCACACCGUUAUGAUAUUGAUGGCACUUUUCUCACUGCAGGAGGCCUGGGAGCAUGUCAUGCAAUGUAAAACCAACAUGAGGCCAAACCGAGUGUUUGUUCAACAGCUGUCCGACUGGGAGCUGCACACACUGGGUAGAAGAAUGACUGAUAUUGCAGAGCCCCGCUAUUAAGAUGGACAGUAGAUAAUUUGAAUUAGUCCAGACCUUAAUGGCACCAAAGCCCUGUAAUUCACUGGAACACUAUUUACCCAAAGCAAAUAAAAAAUACAUGGAUA